AAGUGAUGAUACGGCCUAUACUUGAUAAUAAGGAUUUUUUAGAAAAAUGUCAAAAAUGGCUGUGGCAACAAACUCCUGAAUCACGAUUUCCUGGGGCUCUAAAAAUUUAUAUUAAAAAAAUAUUAUUGCCCAAAUUGGAAUAUACAAAAAAUACAAUAUCAGAGAAAACAUGUCGUACAUAUAUGUAUGCAUUAGGAUACAAAAAAGAGUGGCUAGAGAGGAUGUUUACAUAUAAGAAGUAUAUGAAAGAAUUUGUUGGCGAUAUGCUAAAGAUAAUAGUGCAGCUUGAACUUGAAAAGAAUGAAGAUAUUUUGUGUUCAAAACAUAUAGGGCAUUCUGUUAUAGUUUCAGCUUUUGUAUGCCUAUGCCAUGGAUUAUUACAAUUGUCUGAAGAGCAAUUCCAGGCCAAUUUGCAUGUUAAAUAUAAAGAUGUUUUUGUUAUUCACUUUGUACAAGAAGAUAGAUAUUGGAAGUCAGAGCAUAUGUUAGAACAG